AUGGUGAAAAAGUUUCCAACGUAUACAUAUUAUUGUGUGCAUGUGUAUGUGGGCAUAUUUCAGGCAUUCCGACAACUCGAGCAGGUUGACAAUUCACUCGAUGUACCGCCGGCGCAGUCGUCAAUCUUAUCGAGUUUGAUGACUUCGCUGGAAGCGCAACAGCAGACACAACAAGCAGAAACCACAAAUCCUAUGCUGCUACAGGCCCUACAAGCACAACCGCCUGUACCUGUGACGAUUUCCGCUUCACCGCCACAGGCAAGCACAUCACCAGAACGACUUAGCGUUCAAACCGUACCCGCAGCAUCGGCAGCAUCGGAACCGACGACAUCACAGGCGCAGGAUGCUGGCGUAAAUGUUUCUGAAGCUGCUGCAGUGCCUUCCACUACAACAGCUCAAGCCUCCUUACCCAGAUAUGAAAACAACGCUGGUGGCAGACCGAUUCGGAGUUUGAGGACUCCGAUGAAGGAGAUUACUACACUGGACAGACCCGAAGAGCUGGACGAGUUUAUGGAACAAGGCGAAGAGGCAUGUAUCGCUGAUAUGAAGCAAUUCAUCACACAGUAUUCACUCAGGCAAACGACUGUAGCUAUGAUGACAGGUGAGCACUUAACUUAUUUACAAGCUCUAAUGACUUUGAAAAUGGGGAUGGAAUUUGAGGCAAGAAAGUCUAAGAAAAUGUUAAGAUUAUUAAUCGUCAAGUCAUCUAGUGUAUUAUGGCCUUAG